AUGUGGAUAGUCAUUGCAGGAACAGAUUGUACUACAACAUCUUCAUCGAAUACUCUUAAAAAUCCUCGUGGAAUAUUUGUUGAUACGAAUCUUAAUUUAUAUGUAGCAGAUUGUGGAAAUGAUCGAAUACAACAAUUUUUAUCUCAACAAUUGAAUGGAAUAACAAUAGCAGGAAGUCCAACAACAAUAACACUUGAUUGUCCUAGUGGAAUUGUUCUUGAUGGUGAUGGAUAUGUUUUCAUCGUAGAUACUAAUAAUCAUCGAAUUGUGGCAUCUAGACCUGGAAAUAUCUUUCAAUGUAUAGUUGGAUGUUCGAGUAUUGCUGGUUCAACUUCCAGUCAAUUAUAUUAUCCAUCAACAAUGAGUUUUGAUAGCUAUGGAAAUAUUUAUGUUGUCGAUAGUAGUAAUAAUCGUAUACAAAAGUUUACUUUAAUUUCAAAUACUACCUAUCCUUAUUCGUUCAAUCAACCGACUUUGUGUCCAACUGUAACAUGGUCUACAAAUGGAACGACUUUUGCCAAUCAAUCAAUAAUUGGAACAAGUCCUUUUGGUAUAUUUAUUAGCAUAAAUAAUACGGUAUACGCUGGUGAUCGAACAAAUGCUCGUAUUCAAAUUUGGUAUGAAGGAAGUCUUCUACCAAAUAGAAAUAUUUCUUUUGAUAUGAGUAAUACUAUGUUUGCUGUUGCAACAGCUUCUGGUGAUGUGUAUGUUGACAAUGGUUAUGUUAAUUUUCGAGUAGAUUAUUGGCCAGUGGGUAAAACAACAAGUACACCAAUUCUAACAACAAAUGGUCGUUGUUUUACGAUGUUUAUUGAUACUUCCAAUGCACUUUAUUGUUCAAUAUGGUUAUUUCAUCGUGUAACAAAGAAAUGGUUAAAUGAUAACGGAACAACACCAAUUCUUAUCGCUGGAACAGGUGCUGCAGGAUCAACUGCAUAUCAACUUUAUUAUCCUUUGGGUAUUUUUGUUGAUCUUAAUUUUAAUUUAUACGUUUGUGAUUGUAACAAUGAUCGAAUUCAACAAUUUCAAUUAGGUCAAACAAAUGCUGUUACAGUAGUUGGUAAUGGAGCACCGGGUACAAUAACAUUAAAUUGUCCACAGGGAGUUGCUCUUGAUACAAAUGGAUAUAUUAUACUUACUGAUCAAAGCAAUCGUCUUAUAAUAUCAGGACCAUAUGGUUUUCGAUGUUUAUUGGGAUGUUCAAAAGUUGCUGGAAAUUCACCUAGUCAAUUUAAUUUUCCAGGUACAUUUAGUUUCGAUAGUUAUGGAAAUUUAUAUGUUGUUGAUCAAAAUAAUAAUCGAAUACAAAAGUUUUUGUUAACAUCGAAUACAUGCAAUGCAACAAUGAAACAGAAAAGUUUUUUAUCUGAUCAAAUAUGUUAUUCAAAUGGUUCGACUUUACUUACACGUGAUACCAUUGGUUCAACACCUUAUGCCAUUUUUAUCGAUAGUUUUAACACUCUCUAUGUGGCUAGUCUAAUCAAUAACAGUGUUUUGAUUUUGACUGAGGAAAGUACAACACCUAUUAUCAGUUUAUCAGGUACUUUUAGUCGACCAUAUAGUAUUUUUGUUUCAAUAACUGGUGAUAUUUAUGUUGAUAAUGGUUAUGCAAAUAGUCGAGUGGAUAAAAUUAUCAAUAGUAGUCUAUCAAAUGUGGUUUCAGUUAUGAAUGUUCCUGGCAGUUGUUAUGGUUUGUUUCUCGAUAUUAACAAUUACCUUUACUGUUCUCUACGAGAUUUUCAUCGUGUUAUUAAAAUAUUGGCUGAUGGUACUAUGAAUACGACAAUUGUUGUAGCAGGAAAUGGUUCAGCUGGUGCAUCAGCAUAUAUGUUAAAUUCACCACAAGGAAUUUAUGUUGAUAAUAGUUUGAACUUGUAUGUUGCAGAUUGUAAAAAUAAUCGAAUUCAGAAAUUCUUACCUGGAAUACUCAAUGGAACAACUCUGGCUGACAAUUCAACAACACCAAUAGUAACACUUAAUUGUCCAACAGGAAUUGUUAUAGAUACGAAUGGUUAUGUAUUUAUUGUUGAUAGUAAUAAUCAUCGAAUUCUUGGAUUAUACAUUUAUGAAGUUCGAUGUUUAAUUGGAUGUUCUGGUUCGAGUGGCUCUUCAUCAAAUACAUUAUCAUUUCCACAAAGUAUAGCAUUUGACAGUUACGGAAAUAUUUAUGUUGCCGAUCGAAAUAAUAGUCGAAUUCAAAAAUUUAACUACGUCUUAAGCGAUUGUCCUCGACUUCCACCAGGUGAUAAUCAAACUUCAUUAUUGAACAUUGUUAUUCAUAUUAGAGAUACACUUGAUUGUGUUACAAUAGUCAACAUGACUCAAAUUUCUGUUUUCAUAAAUCAAAAUGAAAUCAAUGAUUUGCAAAAUUUAGCAAAUCUUUCGAAUAAUAAUCCAAUUGUUCAAUUAUUAUGGAGUGGAAAUCAAAAUAUUGUUGGUCAAAUUGUCAAUUCAGUUUCACAAACACUCAAUCAAAUGAAUACUGAAAGUAUCAAUAACGCCAUUUCAAAUGGUCUUGUCGCAACAGAAAUCUUUGUUUCAUCAUUAGAAAGUACUUCAACUCCAAAAACGAUCUCAACAUCAUCAAAUAAUUCGUUUUCAAGUGAAUAUGAAAAAGAUUUGAAUAAUCAAGCGAAUGUUCGAGAUUAUCUCGUUAAUUUUUAUGCAAAUCUUCUUAUUACAACAUCAAAUAGUAUUAUUUUACAAUCAUCAUCAUUAGCUCAAUUGACUCAAUCAACUAAUCAAUUAACACGAAAUGUUUUACAAAUUGCAUCAGAUCGAUGUUAUCAACUGACCAUUGCUUUAUAUUCAUUAAAGACAAAAAUUUCAUUUGAAGAUAUGCAAACAGCUGCAACUCAAUUAAUUCAAUGUGCAUCGAAUGUUUUAAUUGGAAUUAAUGGAGUUUUACAAGAACGAAUGUUGAUACUUGAUUCAGAUUAUUCUAGAGCAAAUUCUUUAUCAGAUGAUUAUAAUACAGAUAUCGAAUCGGAAUGGUCAAAUUUGAAUUUAUUUGCUGAUGGAAAUGAUUUUUCUAUUGAAACAAUUGAAAAGAAUCGAAAUAUUUAUUAUCAAAAACAAUUAGCAAAUGAAAUCGCUACAAAAGCAAAUGAAAUCAUAUUAUUAUUAACAUCUUCAUUGAAUAUUCAUAUAAAUCUUGGACAAAGUUUAACAAUAAAUACUUCAACUGCUUUCAUGUCAUUACAAACUAUAUCAAACGAUUCAUUAUCAAAUAAAAUUGUCACUCAGCCAGAUAAUGGUCAAUUUCAAAUUCCAACAAACAUCACAGUAAACAAUUCUUCAAUUUUUCUUCGAUCAAUGAUGACUCCACUUCCAUCAUUUGGUUCAAAUCAAUCUCAAUCAAAUACAAAUCUUUCUCGAUCAAUUUCAUUAUCACUUUUUGAUAAAAAUGGAAUUGAAAUUUCCGUUGAAACCAAUAUGAUCAAUCCUAUUCGAAUGAUCAUACCACGUGAUCCAAAUAUUUUUCUUCCAUCAAUGUAUUUUCAAAAUGUAACAUCAAUCAAUUCAACUGAUUAUCAUUAUAUCUUUCAUUUUCAUUAUAUAAAUAUUACAAAUUCUCUUCCAAUUUCAGUUCAUUUAGAAAUUCAUCCAUUGAAUUCAACACUUUCAUAUUUGUUUAUCUAUAAAUUCGAUCAAACACCAUUAUUGAACAGUUCGAUUAACUUCAUCGAUGGAUGGACAAUCUUUUGUCCUUCACAUCUAACGAAUGAAAGUCUUUAUACAUAUUUUAUUGAUAAUCAACAAACAUCAAAUCAUCAAUCAUUAAUCUUCGGUUUUCGAGAAUUGAAUUCAACAGAAAAUAUUGAAUAUUGUUCGAAUAAUUCUAUUGGAAAUAUUCUUCCAAUUACAAACGAAUUGUUUCAUUUUACAUCAAAUUAUGAACUUCGUAUUUAUACAUCGGGUUGUUAUUAUCUUGAUUCAACUAACAAUUGGAAAUCCGAUGGAUUACGCGUUGGAUCAUUAACAAAUCAUUAUGAGACGGAAUGUUUUUCAACACAUUUAACAACAUUCGCAGGUGGUUUUAUUGUUUUACCUGCACCAAUUAAUUGGAAUUAUGUUUUUUCAAAUGCGGAUUUUCUUCAAAACAAAACAGUUUAUAUCACUGUCAUAUCUGUGACAACAAUUUAUAUUGUCUUAUUGAUCCUAGCACGUUUUCAAGAUCUUUCUAAUUUGAAAAAGAUAGGAGUUACACCCUUGUUGGAUAAUCAUGUAUCUGAUCGAUAUUAUUAUCAAAUCAUUGUAUUGACUGGUCAUCGUCAAAAUGCGGCAACAAAAUCUAAAGUUUAUUUCGUUUUAUCAGGUGAUGAUGAUCAGACACAUGUUCGAACAUUUGUUGAUCCUUAUCGAGAAAUCUUUCAACGUGGUGGAAUCGAUGCAUUUAUCAUGUCAGUUCCCAAAUCAUUAGGACCUUUAAAUUUUAUUCGUAUUUGGCAUGAUAAUUCUGGUCCAGGUUCAUCAGCAUCGUGGUUUUUGAAAUAUAUCAUCGUUCGAGAUUUACAAACGAUGGAGAAAUUUCAUUUUAUUUCUCAAAAAUGGUUUGCUGUGGAAAAAGAAGAUGGACGUAUUGAACGUCUUUUACCUGUUGCCAGUGAUUCAGAAAAACAACAAUUUUCAUAUUUAUUAACCAAAAAAACUUAUCAUAGUGUAUCGGAUCAACAUCUUUGGUUUUCAAUUUUUUCAUGUCCACCCGCAGCAAAAUUCACAUGUGUUCAACGGUGUACAUCUUGUUUCGUUUUGCUCUUUUCUUCAAUGUUAUUGAAUAUAAUGUAUUAUGAUUUGUCGAAUGCAGCAAAGACAUCGAAUAGAACAUCAAGCUUCGAUUUAGCCAUAGGUCCAUUACACAUUACACCAGAACAAAUUGGAAUUGGUGUGAUGGUGGAAGUUUUAACGUUAAUUCCAAGUAUUUUAAUUGUUCAAUUUUUUCGACGUAUUCGAUCACGUCAACAAUUCUCACCAUUACGUCAAGCGUUGAAUAAAAUCAAUCCAAAUACACCGAUUGUAACUUCAAAAAAGAAACGUCGAGCACAUUUGACAUUUCCAUGGUGGUGUUUAUUUAUUGCUUAUGCUCUUUCAAUUCUAAUUAUUCUUGUUUCGAUCUUCUUUAUCAUUGUUCGAGGAAUUGAAUUUGGUGAUGAUAAAGUGAAAAAAUGGUUAACAUCGGUUCUCACAGCAUUUUUCUCUUCGAUCUUAUUCACUCAACCUAUCAAAAUUGUUUUCUUCGCCAUAUUUUUCAUCUGUUUCUUUCGAAAUACGAAUGACGAUGUAGAAACAAAUGAAUAUAUCGAUGAAUAUCAAAUGAAUUUCAAUGAAGAUGACGAAGAAUAUUUCCAAUCGAUCAAAAAUUAUUCGUUAGUGAAUGUUCAAGCACGACAACAUGUUAAUCGUUUAACUGAAUGUGAAGUUAUACAUGCUCGUGAACAACGCAUAAAAGAAAUUCAAAUGUGGUCAAUUAUUCGUGAAUUUAUUAUUUACUUUGUCUUUUUCUUCUUAAUCUGUUCAAUAACAUUUGCAAGUCGUGAACAGAAUAGUUUUCUUCAAGUUCAACAUUUACGAAAAUAUUUUCUAAAUACUCGUCAAUCUACGAAUGAUUAUACUCAGAUCACAACUGUUACUCAAUUUUGGUUCUGGUUACAAAAUAGUUUUAUUUCAAAUCUUCGUUCUCAACAAUGGUAUAACAAUGACAUACCAAAAUAUUUAAAUGGAUAUAUCAAUGAUAAAUCAAAUCGAUUGAUUGGAUGGGCAACAAUGAGACAAUUACGUGUUAAACCAUCAACAUGUUCUGAUCAACGAAUUAUGAAAAUUUGUGAAAAAGAUUAUAAUUUCUUUAAUGAAGAUGAAGAAUCUUAUUCACCAGGAUGGACAAAUCAAACUCUUGAUGAAACUUAUAGUUUAUCAAUCAAUAAUUCAUUUCAAUAUCGUACAAGUAAUGAAUUAAAUACAUAUGUAUUUGUUGGAGAACAUGGAACAUAUAAUGGAGGUGGAUAUGUUUAUGAAUUUCGUGGUCAAUUAAAAGAUCUUCAAAGUAAUAUCACAACACUUCAUAAACUUCAAUGGAUUGAUAAAAAAACAAGAGCAAUUCUUAUUCAAAUAACUUUAUAUAAUCCAAAUGUUCAAUUAUUAACAUCAAUAACAUUUCUUUGUGAAUUUUUAAUAACAGGUGAAAUUAUUUCAACUUCUUAUUUUCAACCAUUAAACUUUUUCACAUUUACAUCAAUAUUUCAAUUGAUCUGUACAAUUAUUUACAUGAGUUUUAUAAUUUAUUUUAUGUUUAUACAAAUACGCGUAUUUCUUCGAUUGAAAUGGAAAUAUUUUCAACAAUUUUGGUCAUUAAUUGAAUUAGGAAUUAUUGUUUGUUCAUGGACAAGUGUUGCAAUUUAUAUUUGGCGUUUUAAAGAAUCUCGUCGUAUCAGUUCAUUAUUUAAAGAAACAAAUGGUUAUGUUUAUAUUAAUUUACAAUUAGCUGCAUAUGUUGAUAAUCUUCUCAUUUAUCUUCUUGGUUUUUGUUGUUUUUUUGGUAUGGUAAAAUUUCUUCAAUUACUUCGUUUUGAUUCUCGUUUAUUAUUAUUUAUUCAAACACUUCAACGUGCACAAAAAGAAUUAAUUUCAUUUUUAAUGAUGUUUAGCAUUGUUUAUAUAUCAUUUGUUUGUUUAUUUUAUUUCUUAUUUGUUUCAAAUAUGUUAUCAUGUUCAAGUUUAUUAUCUACAACACAAAUGUUAUUCGAAAUGACCUUGAUGAAGUUUGAUACAUCAGAAUUGAUUGAAGCGGAUGCGUUUCUUGGUCCAUUUGUAUUUGCUAUCUUCAUGUUUUUAGUUGUUUUCGUUUGUUUAAGUAUGUUUCUUUCAAUAAUUAACGAAAGUUUUCGUAAAGCACGAGAAAAUCCAGUAGAAAAUUGUGAAAUUUUUCCAUUUAUUAUGAGAAGAUUUAUAUGUUGGUCAGGUUUAAAACGAUUAAGUAUGACAACAAUUUAUGCUCAAAGAGAUACACAAAUGCGUUCACAAUAUUGUAAUCCAAUCGAAAGUUUUUCUGACAAAAUCGAUCAAAUGCUCGUCAAAAUCGAUAAAUUGUAUAUUGAUCAAAAAAUUGAACUUAAAAGAUUGGAUAAAAUUCAAUUUUCAAAUUAA